AUGGAGGCUAGGUUCAGGCUAACUGCCUUAAGGCUUCCAAACGGGGGCACUUUGUCAGUGCAGUGCCGACCUCCCAGAAAGCGUGGAGGAAUCGGCGAGUGCUCUUGUCUAGAGACUGGGAAUCGCCAUCAGGACAGCCCGUUCGGCAAACUGAAGCAACCGAGCCCUAACCAAUCAGAGAUCCGGCAGGUCGACAGAGUAAGGUUGAAGGUCCCUGCCGUCGAGAGGUCAUUGCCUUACCAAUCUUUUUCUUUUGCAGUGAUGGACGGGAAAAGAGUUGCCAAGGCAAAAAGGAUGAACGAAUCUUCCAAGAGGCACCUGAUGAUGGGCCUGCAAGGGAAGAAAGCGAAACGGCAGGCGGAGACGGCUCCAGUUCCGUCGGCAGGGGUUGAUCCGGUAGAUCAAACCCUUGCCGACCGCCUGCAGCAACUCAACGCCGAGACGAGGUCUGCUAGUGCUAUAGUGGCUGGCUCUAAGCCGAAGCGGGGGCAGACUACCGAAGCCACCUCUUCCAAGGGUAUUGGCAAAAGGCUGGUGACGGUGGAUCUAGAGGCGGAGCCGGCACCCAAGCGCAGUCGGCAGGGUGUGGUGCCAAUGGCGAUCCUUGCUGCCGAGGAUGACGAUAACCCGGCGAAGCCAAUCACGAUUGGUUCACAAAUGGAGUUGUCCGAGAUUGAGGAGCUGCCGAAGAAGCUUCUACGGGAGGAGGCUGGGCGCGCCUUCCGUCUCCAGGCCUUGCGAGCCAUCACUGCCGCCGAGCGUGCCAAGAAGGCGUACGAGGACGGCCGUGCAAGAGUUGCCGAGACUGGCAAAGCCCUUCAGGACCACGCUCAUCUGCUGAAGGACAAGCAAGCUGCCGAACAACAAGUUCAGGCUUCGGAGGCCAAGCUAGCAGAGAUGACGGUGGUCUGGAGUCUGCGCAGUCAGCAGCAAAGGAUGCCGAAGUUCUCUAUCUUGCUGGAUAAGGAAGUAGGCUCUGAGAUGGUGGAUCUGCUCUACCGAUUCAAACGGUACAACCCCGGACAAAAGCUCAACCUCAACUUCAUUGCCAAUCCUCCUCCCCUUCCGGAAGGCAUGACUGAGGAGAUCAUUGAAGACUAUGAAGGGGAGGACGCUCCUGGUGAAGCCUUUGUCGCCGAGGGCUCUGCUACCAAUGAGGGUGCCGAUGACGAUGGCGAGGAAGCCGCUGCUUGA